AUGGCCUACUUGAAGGAUUUCCACAAGCAGCUCGGCGACCGAGGGUUGCUCGACGGAAAACCCCACAUACUCUUGCUCGAUGGACAUGCAUCACACGUGAGCGUGGAGGUAGUCAGGCUGGCCAUGAAUCUCAAAAUCAUCUUGUUCCAGCUACCCUCCCGCACGUCGCACAUCACCCAGCCCUUGGAUGUCGUCGCCUUCGGACGCUUUAAGAAAUCGGUGGCCAGAGUGUUGGCGUGCUUCUACCACAACUCCGGCGGGUUGUUGCCGCUGAAACGCGACAUGCCCGGCGUGAUCGCGGAUGCUUGGAAAGUGAGCUUUACACCGGAGAUGAAUAAGUCAUCAUUCGCUGGGGCGGGCCUGUGGCCUGUGAACAUGGAGGGCCGGCUGAAGGGGACAGCGAAGAAGAAAGAGCGGCGAGACGAGCGCCCACCCCUACAGGAUGUCCCCAUUGCCGCCCCCAACGAGCAGCUGGGAAACCGACAUCGGAGAAAGGACCCUCAGGGUGCUGAGGGGGCAAGGGCACACCGUCACGGGAAUCCGAGUAGGCACGGUGUUACUCGGUGGCCUCUUGACUCAAAGGAAGCGCGCGAAGAAGAUGGCGACCUCACGGGGCUCGCUUUGGCCUUCCCGACCGAGGCAACAUCACCGCGCCUGAGUUCCUGGACGCUGUUGCUGAAAAAGAACGCGCAGACAAGGCGGAGAGCGACGCGAAAGCUGCGUGGGCCCGCGAAGAGAAGAGGGCAGAAAAAACGGCCGCGGAGCUGUUGCGGCGGGCGCGCAUGGCAGAUGGAGGAAGGGGACGGGGGCGGGGAGGAGGGAGGGGGGAGGAAAGGGGAGGGCGCGGCGGGCACGGAGAGAGAGCGGGAAGGGGACGGGGGCGGGGAGGAGGGCGCGGGAGGAGGGGGGGGUGAGGCGAGCGGGCGGGGGGAGGGAGGCGGGGGCCGCGGUGUUGGUCGUGGAGACGGGGUGGCGGGGUGGGAGCGCGUGGCCGGGAAGGGGGGCGCGGCCGGAUGGGGGGGCGCGGCCGGGUAG